ACUCAAUAUUGUGAUACUCAUUUCUCACACACAAAAAAAAAAAAACACUACUACUUUUGAAGAAGAAUACCAAAAUUCAAUUGAUUAAAGAUAAAUAAAAUGGUUAGAGCUCCUUGUUGUGAGAAGAUGGGGUUGAAGAAAGGGCCAUGGACUCCGGAAGAAGAUCAAAUUCUCAUCUCUUACAUUCAAUCAAAUGGUCAUGGCAAUUGGAGAGCCCUCCCUAAACUAGCUGGAUUAUUGAGAUGUGGAAAGAGUUGCAGACUUCGUUGGACAAAUUAUUUGCGUCCAGAUAUUAAAAGAGGAAAUUUCACAAGAGAAGAAGAAGAUAGCAUUAUUCAAUUACAUGAAAUGCUUGGCAAUAGAUGGUCUGCGAUAGCAGCUAGAUUAUCGGGACGAACAGAUAAUGAAAUUAAGAAUGUAUGGCACACUCACUUGAAAAAAAGGCUUAAAAAUUAUCAGCCUCCUCAAAACUCCAAAAGACACUCAAAAAACAACAAUGAUUCCAAAGCUCCUUGUACUUCUCAAAUUGCCUUGAAAAGUUCGAACAAUUUUAGCAACAUCCAACAAGACGGGCCCGGGCUUGGGUCUGGCCCGAACUCUCCACAAUUGUCAUCUAGCGAGAUGUCGACUGUCACGGCCGAUUCACUAGCCGUGACAAUGGGCAUCUCGAACGGUAGUGGUCAAAUGGACUCAUCUGAAAAUUUUAUCCCAGAGAUCGACGAGAGUUUCUGGACAGACGAUUUAUCCACGAGUGGUGGUGAAGAAUUACAAGUUCAAUUUCCAUUUCAUGACAUGAAGCAAGAAAGUGUGGAGAUGGAUGUUGGAGCAAAAUUAGAGGAUGACAUGGACUUUUGGUACAAUGUUUUCAUAAAGUCUGGGGACUUAUUAGAGUUACCAGAAUUUUGAGGGGUUAAUUUGGUUGUUUUCAAAACUUGAAGUAGUGGAAUGCCAACUAAUUAUUAGUGGUGCUUUGGGAUUUUUU